AUGACCUUGGGUGCACUGUGUUCCGCUAUCGCCCAUGGUAACGUGGCCCUUGUCACAUACCUGUUUGCUCAGUUGCGCAAGCGGGGAGAGGUGGACUGUGAUGGGGAAGUAAUCUCUUCCUACGGCCUCGAUAGAAGAGAUUAUGUCGCAUUCUCAGUUGCGUCGUUUCUGGGCCAGUGUGGCGACUACAACGCAGUGAUUACCAUUGCUGGUCUGAUAGAAAGCCAUCGUGCCGCCCACGGGGGGGAUUUACCACGCGGCCCAGACGAUUUUAUCCCCGACGUAUGGACCGCCUUGAUUCAAGGCAACUGGUUAGCCGCCUGCGCUUUAGUCGAUGCUUUGAGUGACCCCCUCGAGUAUUACGACGCAAGUGAGAUCCUGCAGAAGUUGCUUCACUACGAGAAUUGGACGGCACAAUAUUGGCAGUUCUGGCCCCAUUAUUUGGGUUCUGGUGAUGAAGGAGAAGAUUAUGUCCGGGAAUACUGGAGUACAGAGAGGCAGAGGUGGCUCUCGAAACCCCAAGAUGUUGGCUUUGUGGCACAUACGACGAACCGAGCUGUGGAUAAGCUCCUGGAAGUGUUUUCUGCGCGUCGAGCUCGUGUGACUCCUCAUCGCCGAUCGACCUUGCUCCCGAACGAUUUCCCCUCCACGAGCUAG